UCUCAACCAAAACCCCCAACCCCCAUCCCCAAAAAAGUUCGCUGAUACAAAAAGAGCUGUAAACUCGGAGCAACUGCGUCUGAAUGCUCAGAGGAAAGGAGAAUGGUUGUGGACGGGGAAAACGCUCAACUGAGCUCUCGGAUCCUAGCAUCAUGGCUAAUCGGAGGUCUCGUAAUAGGGUUCUCGUUUCUGGGCUUUCGAUUUGCUCUACCUAAAAACAAGAAGAAACGGCCGAUUAGGGUUUACAUGGAUGGGUGCUUUGAUAUGAUGCACUACGGACAUUGUAAUGCCCUUCGCCAAGCUCGAGCCCUCGGAGACCAAUUGAUCGUUGGCGUUGUAAGCGACGCGGAGAUCACUGCCAACAAAGGCCCUCCUGUUACUCCUUUGAACGAGAGGAUCAUCAUGGUAAGUGCUGUGAAAUGGGUGGAUGAAGUCAUUCCUGAUGCUCCUUAUGCUAUAACAGAGGAUUUUAUGAGAAAGUUGUUUGAUGAGUACAAUGUUGAUUACAUUAUUCAUGGGGAUGAUCCCUGCAUUCUUCCUGAUGGGACUGAUGCUUAUGCCCUCGCUAAGAAAGUUGGUCGUUAUAAACAAAUUAAGCGCACUGAAGGGGUAUCUAGCACUGAUAUUGUUGGACGAAUGCUUCUCUGUGUGAGAGAAAGGCCAACUGGGGACAGCCAUAAUCACUCAUCUUUGCAACGACAGUUCAGCCAUGGUCACAGCCAAAAAUCCGAAGAUGGUGGCUCUGGUAGUGGAACCCGUGUAUCUCAUUUCUUACCUACAUCUCGAAGGAUUGUGCAAUUUUCCAAUGGAAAGGGACCUGGACCUGAUGCUCGGAUAGUCUAUAUUGAUGGUGCAUUUGAUCUCUUCCAUGCUGGUCAUGUUGAGAUACUCAGGCUUGCCAGAGGACUAGGAGAUUUUCUUCUUGUUGGCAUCCAUACAGACCAAACUGUUAGUGCAAACAGAGGAUCACACCGUCCGAUUAUGAAUCUUCAUGAAAGAAGCUUAAGUGUUUUGGCGUGCCGAUAUGUAGAUGAGGUUAUAAUUGGUGCACCAUGGGAAGUGUCGAAAGAUAUGAUUACUACCUUCAACAUCUCUUUGGUUGUGCAUGGAACUGUGGCUGAGGACAACGAUUUCCUUAAGGAAAAGCAGAAUCCUUAUGCUGUUCCAAUUGACCUCGGUAUCUUUAAGCUGUUGGAAAGCCCUCUUGAUAUUACGACUAGCACAAUAAUCAGAAGGAUUGUUUCAAAUCAUGAGGCGUACCAGAAAAGAAAUGAGAAGAAGUCUGAAAGUGAGAGAAGGUAUUAUGAAGAUAAAACUUACGUGGCAGGCGAUUGACUGAUUCAAGAGUGUUGGAGGUACAAGCAUGCAAUUCUUUUUCUUUGUUCCCCUGCCCCCUCCCCCCAAAAAAAAAAAAAAAAAAAAUUUAUAUGGAGUUUGGUGUUUAUUUACUUCACUCAGACUACAGAUGAUUUGGUUCCUGGAUUUACCUUUUAACGAGCAUGCUAGGUUAAUCAGCUGACUAGGUUACCCGAUGCUUCUUUUCUUUCUGUUCUACCCUUUCUUGGUCAUCAUAUCUAGGUUUUGGGUAAAAGUUGUAUACAUUGUUGUGAUGUAAGUAGAGCAUACGUCUGCUGAUGUAGCUGCCGCUUCCUAACCCCUAAACCAUAACCACGUGCUGCCUCUCACCAUUUUGACAGUUGUACAAGUGAUUUGCAGAUCUAUCGAAAGGUACUUAGUGCCCAAUUCGGGCACCUCUUCAUCA